AUCCAUUUCUUCAUUGUUCAAUUCCCCUACUUCAUUAUUUUCUUCUUUUCUGCAGCUUCAACUCCCAAAAUUCAAAGCAGUUCCACUCUACCACAGAAGGUUGGUUUCAUUUCAGCAGCAAAUGAUGAAGUGGGAUAGAAAGAAGCCCGCUUCGGCUUCGUCCUCCAAACCCACUUUGAUCUCUCGGGUGUUGCCCAUUUCUUGGCUUUCAAAGUUCAAGCAGAAGAGUGGGAGUUCGGAGCCUGAACCUGGAAAGAUGAAGAAAAGGGACAAGUGGAAUUUGCAGUCCAUGAGCUUGCCAGAGCGAGCUAAUUGCAGAGGAGGGCGGUUUUAUGGCAGGGAUGAUGAGUCUUAUUGGAGAAUUUCGUUCGGAGAAGAUGGUGUGGAAGGAAAGAAAAAUGAAGGUGUUUCGAAGUCAAUUCAGUAUGUCUCAGAUGAUGAGCUUGAACCUCAAUUGUCGAAUUUCCGGAGCAGCAUAUCGGAGGCAGCGGAAGUGGCUAGAAGAGAGAAGGAUCGAAUGAAUAUGGGCUUGCAUACAAGAAAAAUAAGAGAAUUGCCUGACAAUUUGGAGCACUUGGCAGACUUUGGCGCAUGUAAAGGAAAAAAGAAACGAGCAGAAGCUGGACUAAAAACCCCCAGGAGGGAAAUUGGGAAAGUUCGGAAACCAAAGGAGGGAAAUCGAGUAGUAUCAAAAGAGAAGAAGUUGGAUAUCCGGAGAGAACCAGACGAAACAGAAGUGAGGUUUGCAAGAUUGGAAGAAUGUGAUGCAUUGGAAUUGGAACUAGCAUCAACUAUUCAGAACUACAGAAAAUUAAAAGCUUCUGAUUCAAAGCGGCAUCACUACCUGUCACACUUGAACAGAUACUCCAAUCUGAGAACCAUUGAAGAAGAUUCUGCAUUUGCUGGUUUGAACUUGGAGAAAAGUAAUGAAGUCCCUGCAGAAGAUUUGAGCUUGGAGUGGCAAAGAUUGAAAGACAACAAACUCAAAGAAAUAAUGUUGAAGAGUGAAAGGCAGAGGAAAUCUCUGUACAUAAGCAGAGAGUUACAGAGAAGUAGAACAAAGCAGGGUGGCAAACUUAAAAUUCAUUCUCCCAGAACAGCUUCAAGGGUUGAAUCCUGCAAAAUCAAAGCUUUUGAGGACAUGAAGAAGGCUAGGAUGAAAAUGAAGAAGAAAACAAAGGAGGGAGUGGCUGAAGAAAGAACAGAAUUGGAUAGUUUUGCCAUUGUGAAAUGUUCCUUCAAUCCACGGCAAGACUUCAGGGACUCCAUGAUUGAGAUGAUUACAGAGAAAAAGAUAACGAAGCCAGAUGACCUUGAGGAACUCUUGGCAUGUUAUUUAACCUUGAAUUCUGAUGAAUACCAUGAUCUUAUAAUCAAGGUCUUCAGGCAGGUAUGGUUUGACUUGAAACAGCAAGCCUUGUUUGAUGCUGAAUUACAGGAUGAACUUUGAUGCUACAAUUAACCACACACACAAUGACUGAUGGAUGAACUUGUAAUCAUAUUGCAUAUAACUUUU